AUGUCGGAUCCAGAAGAGCUGAUAAAACUAGCAGAGAAGAAGGCAAAGCCUAGCUCAGGAUUCUCAUCCUUUUUCUCAGGUAACUCAACCUACAGAUUCGAAGAAGCCGCGGAUUUUUACAUACAGGCAGCAAACAUCUACAAAAUACGCCGCGAGAAUCUCACAGCUGGUAAGACCUUUGAAAGGGCUGCGGAGGCCCAGUUGAAGGCCGACUCCAAAGACGAGGCGGCCAAUACCCUCAUUGAGGCAUACAAAGCAUACAAAUUAGAGGCACCCGGUGAUGCUGCUAGAUGUCUUUCCAAGGCCAUCGAGUUUUUCGUGCUCAAGGGACAGUUCAGAAGAGGUGCCAAUUUCAAGGCGGAUUUGGGUGAGCUAUAUGAGAAUGACUUGCACGAUAUAAAGAUGGCGAUAGCCUCCUAUGAAGAGGCUGGUGAGUGGUACAGAGGAGAUUCUGCUCUGGCUCUGUCCAACAAAUGCUUGCUGAAAGCUGCUGAUUUGUACUGUGAGGAUGAAAUUGGAGACUAUCUCAAGGCCGGUGGUAUCUAUGAGAGCAUUGCAAAGGGGUCGCUGAACAACAAUCUAGCGAGAUGGUCGCUGAAAGAUUAUUUCCUCAAGGCCAUACUGUGUCGUUUGGCUUUGAACGACUAUCCAAGUGCUGCUGCUUUGCUUGGGCGCUUUGUGUCGUGGGAUUCGACUUUCCAGACCACUCGCGAGCACGAGUUUGCGGCCAAGUUGAUUGACUCCGUCAAGGAGGGAGAUUCGGACGGAGUGGCCAAUGCGGCCAGAGAAUACGAUCAAUUCUCGCGUCUUGACAUAUUAAAGGUGAGGCUGCUGAACAAGAUCAAGUCUGGUAUCCAGGACGCCCCCGAGGCAUUGGAAGAUGAUCUGACAUGA